AACCAAAAAAGACCCGCGAACCCGAGAGUGUGUGAAUUUAAAGGAAAAGAGAAAUCCCCAAAAUUCUAUUCAAAUUUGGGAACAAAGGCACGAUGCAGGCGAACGAGUUCGAUGGAAACGCGGCCUUCGCCGGAGGCGGAUUCAUGCCUUUUCAGGCUACUCAGACCGCUCCCGACCGUCCAUCCUCUUCCUCCAAAAACAGUGAUGCGCGUUGUUUGACUCCAGUUACAGUAAAGCAGUUGAAGGAUCUCUCUAAAGUUGGAGAGUCUGGUAUUUCCAUUGACGGUGUUGAUGUCAAUAAUAUUGUAUUGGUGGGAAUCAUAUCCAAGAUAGACAAUGCUGUUUCAGAUUGUACUUUUAGAGUUGAUGAUGGCACAGGAUGGGUUGAAUGCACCAAAUGGAUUCAUGAACAUGUAGACUCAGUUGAAGUAGAUGUGCUCUCGGUUGGAAUGUAUGUUCGUGUCUAUGGCCAGUUCAAAAGCAUUCAAAGUAGAAGGUCCAUACACACCUUUUCAAUUCGGCCAAUUACUGAUUUUAAUGAGAUUGCACACCACUUCCUUGAGUGUAUAUAUGUUCAUUUGUACAACACCAAGUUGAGGCUUCGGAUGACAAGUGCAACUGACGGUAUGACUGCUCAGCCCCAGGUGGCAAAUUCAUAUUCUGGCAACCAUAUAAUGGGUUACAGCUACCAAACUAACUCGACAAGCCAGUUUUCUAACCAGUAUAACACUGAUGAAGAACAGAUCCGUGGUAUUAGUUCAAUGGUCCUACAAUACUUGCGUCGGCCAGCAUGCCUUGCAUCCGAGAUGGGGGUAAGCUCUGAUAUCGUGGCUCGAGAACUAAAUGUUUCAGUGGAUAAAGUCAGGAAAACUUUGGACUUUCUUGCAUCUGAGGGCGUUGUUUACACAACCACUGAUGAUCACUACAAAUUUACAGAUGCCUGAGGUAUGUUGAUCUGAUGUACAAACUUAAAAAGUAAUCUGUCAGUCUUUGGAGCUAAACUGAUGUUAGUUCAUUGUCGUCUUGCUCUACUUUUGCUUCAGCUUUAGAGCAAAACUGAUGAUAGUUCAUAGUCUUAACGCUCUGUCUAUCUAUGUAUGCUGGUCCUUUUAUGCAUAUUAGAAGAACUAAUACUUUUGCUAUUUUGGUCAAUGUCUCAAUGUAUUAUACUGUCUGUCGAGUUUAGAGAUAAACAAAUAGAUGAUUUUGGUUUAGUGGGUUUAUAGAUAAACUAAUGGUUUUACAAUUUUACACACUGAAUAAUCAGUAAGAGAUCAGUUUUACAA